AUGUAUCUGGCUGAUAUGAAGAAGUGCAGUGAAGCCUCUCCUUUUACUGAUAAAUCUGACCAGCCUAGUUCUCUUUGCUUUUCAGGGCAUAUUUCUCACCAAUUUAGAUACAAACUAUUUGUAGAUGGAGCUUUCAACUCUACCAGCAACAAAAGGGCUUGUGGUGGAUUUAUUUGUUCUUUAUCUGUAGAUUGGAUGGAUGGUUUUGCUUUUAAUAUUGGCCUUUGUUCAUCCUUAGAAGCGGAAGUGUGGGGUUUAUUUCAAGGCCAAAAUCUUGCUAGAAAUCUGAAUUGCUCUGAUCUUACGAUAGGCUGUGAUUCAAAGGAUGCUCUUGUGUGUUUAGAGACCCUUUCUCCUUACUAUGGUUACUCCUCUCAUCUAAAUCGCAUCAAAAGUGCUACCCAGUUACUUGGAAGCCGAGAGCUCAAUGCUUGUGCGAACGGAUUAGCCAAACUUGAUUUUCUCUGCAAACUGAAGAACUGUUGUUCUUUACCUCUCCCCCUUCUAGUAUUCCUUCUUUUGGAAUUUACCAGUGAUUAUGACUAUGUAUUUUCUGAGAAUGGUCUUAUGGCUCAUAAGUAA